AGCUGACUUGCUUUCACUGCCGACAUACUGCCAAACCAUUUCCUUCUAUUCCCAAAAGAUGCUCUUCAGAAUCAACGUCAUUGCUGUCUCCCUCGCGGCGCUUCUGGCUGCUGCACCAGCGAUCGCCAACGAGUCUGGCUGCGUCACCAAGUUCGAUCCCAGCAAAGACUACUUCCCAGACAAGGUCACCACCAAGUACGGGGCUGGAUUCGAGAUCAGCUAUAACAAAAACUACAAGGUCAUUCGUAACCUUGUGUCGGACGAAAACUACAUCCUGGUGCAGUGCGGCACCCCAGCUCCGGCCGAUCACCCAGCUACCGAUGCAACCAGCACUCAAGUCGGCGACUGGACAAAGGUCUUCGACGUGCCGGCCAAGAAGGUUGCCCUGGACUCGGCUCCGGCCAGCGCGAUUCUAGAGCUGCUCGGCGAGCAGGACUCGGUCGGUGCCUCGUACAGGUUCCUGGAGGUGACAUCACCCUGCAUGCAGAAGCGGCUGGAUGGACUCCCCCGGAUCCAGCAGAACUUUGGCACACCCAAGACCAAAAACAGCCGCCGCGCAAUCCUGACCCCGCGUGUGUCGUAUGACCUUGGCGAUAACGUGCUGGACUGGACCUUCACCACCUAUGGCAUGAGUGACCCGUACUCAGUCGCUGUCAACCCAGAGAGCGCAACCGAUAUGCUGGGCAAGGCAGAGUGGAUAAAGUUUAUCGGCGCCUUCUAUAACCGCGAGGCUGAUGCCAACAAGCUGUUUGAGGGCAUCGAGUCGCGCUAUGCCUGCCUGCAGGACCACGCCAAGUCUACGGGGCUGACCAAGCAGACCAAAACCGUCGGCUUUGCGCGCUACAACCGGGUCCCCAACGGCACUGUCACCAGCUGGACCGUUGACCAGGGCCAGCAGUGGUUCGUACAGGGCCUGGCUGAUGCUGGCCUUACUGUUCAUGCAGGCGAUGUCACUGGGUACAGCAACGUCGACAGCUUCCACAAAGCGAUAGGUGACUGGGAUGUGCUGAUCGAUAUGAGCACUGAGCCCCUGAAGCGCGGCGGCGCGACUAUCCCCCUGUGGGACAACCUAGUUGACGGCUACCAGUUCAAUGACAACCAGAAGCUGCGCGUUGUCGCUGACAACUCAAUCUACCGCACUGACCACAUCAGCAGUGUCAACAAUGCCACUGACUUUAACGAGCACCUGCAGAUCCAGCCUGAUCUGCUGCUGGCCGACUUCAUCCGCAUCCAUGCUGCCAACGAUGGCACCACUGAGGCCAUCUGGCACCGCAACCUUCCAAAGCAGGCGCCUGUUUCUUGGCUUUCGGCGGACAGCUGCCAGAACAUGGCGGACAAGGUAGCCAGUGCCUCGUCUGGCAUUGGAAAGUGCAGCUAAAAAUCUUUUCCUCUCUUCAUCUCUAGCUGAAUGAAUAUAACGUUAUCCCACUACAUAGAGCAACGGAUAAUAUGGAAUGUUCGUCUAGAUUCCAGGUAAUGUAAUGGUGGUAGUAUAUUGGAAGGAAAAAGGAAAAUAAAGUGAAAGCCCCCUUACAUUGGCUACUUGAUGCGGCUGAGUUGGUACCGAGCAACGCCGAUGUUGUCGCUGGUCUUGUCAGUUGUAUCAGUGAUACGCCGGAGCGGGUCAUCCUGGGCAUUCAGCUCACGCUGCGUGGCCAGAGACAGGUCCUUGAGGCGACCCAGCGCCGAG